AUGAGUUCGGCCGCUGGAGAAUCGUCGUCUUCGUCGAAAGUGCCAGAGAAUUCUGGAAGCGCCGCAGCCGCCGCGACAGGGUCCGAGUAUUUGGAACAAUUAGCUAAUGAGGCGGAGGAGUUGAGGAAGAAGUUGGAUGCGGAGAGACAUAAGUUGAAUGAUAUUCCAAUUCAACAAGCCGCCGAACGUCUGGAUGUGAUGGGCGCGCUCGGCGUCAAGCAACGACGAAUCCUUAAAGGACAUGUUGGCAAAGUUUUAUGCAUGGAUUGGUCCCUGGAUAAGAGACACAUUGUCUCAUCGUCUCAGGAUGGAAAAGUGAUUGUUUGGGAUGGAUUCACCACAAACAAGGAGCACGCAUUGACGAUGCCAACCACUUGGGUUAUGGCUUGUGCAUUUUCGCCAUCCAGCCAAAUGAUUGCAUGCGGAGGACUCGACAACAAGUGCAGUGUGGUCCCAUUGUCGUUCGAAGACGACAUUAUUCAGAAGAAGCGUCAAGUGGCAACCCAUACAUCUUAUAUGUCAUGUUGCACAUUUCUCCGUUCUGAUAAUCUCAUUUUGACUGGAAGUGGAGAUUCGACAUGCGCCAUUUGGGAUGUCGAGAGUGGACAGUUGAUUCAGAACUUCCACGGCCAUACCGGUGACGUCUUCGCCAUUGACGUUCCAAAAUGCGACACUGGAAACACCUUCAUUUCUGCUGGAGCAGAUAAGCACUCUCUGGUUUGGGACAUUCGAUCCGGUCAAUGUGUCCAAUCGUUUGAAGGACAUGAGGCCGAUAUCAAUACAGUCAGAUUCCAUCCAAAUGGUGACGCAUUCGCAACUGGAUCGGAUGAUGCUACAUGUCGCCUCUUCGAUCUCCGCGCCGAUCGCCAGGUGUGUGUCUACGAGAAGGAAUCGAUUCUCUUCCCAGUCAAUGGUGUCGACUUCAGUUUGAGUGGCCGCAUCCUAUUCGCUGGCUACGGAGACUAUCGUGUCGGCGUCUGGGACUCGCUCAAAUGCGUUCGUCACUCUGUGCUCUACGGUCACGAGAAUCGCAUCAGUUGCCUCCGAACGUCUCCAGAUGGCACUGCGGUUUGCUCCGCCUCCUGGGAUUGCACCAUUCGUAUUUGGGCUUAA